AUGGACCCUCGAGGCAGCAUUGAUGGCCUGGGUUAUGACAUGUCCCAGUUCGUUUCUCCGCAGCCUCCUCAGAUCUUUGGAGCAUAUAACGCCGAUGGCACUCCUAUACCCCCAAUUCUACCACCAGGUGCAUAUUUUGGUGAUUUCAAUGAUGGAGGCGCCGACGAGAACGAUCCCAAACGCCGGCGCAUUGCAAGGGCUUGCGAUAUGUGCAGGAAGAAAAAGAUCAAGUGUGACGGCAAGAUGCCCAAAUGCGGUCACUGCAUAAACUACAAGACGGAAUGUAUCUUCACACAGGUCGAGAAGAAGCGUAAUCCUCCAAAGGGGGCGAAAUAUAUCGAGGGUCUGGAAAACCGCCUCGGGCGCAUGGAGUCACUCUUGCGGAUGUCUGGCCUCCUCAGCGAAGAAGAAGCAGGGAAGACGGAUUUGGGGACGUUGGAGAAGCGUCUCGCUGAAAAGGCCUCUUCUAGGGAAUUCUCAGCCCACAAGACAGACUCUCCAGGUGCCACAAAGAGUAGCGCAAAUUCUGCAACCGCCGAAAACUCCCCCCGACCUGGCUCACAACGGGACUCCCUCGAAACCCCCCGGGACAAUAUAACGUCACCAAGUACAGAUGGAGAGAAAACAGGGCGGGAAGAUGUAGAAAAUCUUUCCGAGGCCAUGUGCUCGCUGGUCACCAACAACGUCGGGGAGACCAGAUACAUUGGAUCGUCGUCGGCCUUCUCUAUCUUCUCAAGUAAGGGGAUCGAGUGGGUCAAUGAAAAGACUGGGGACACAUCUUUCCAGGAAACUAUUCAAAACGCCGUCAACGAAGACGAUACCAAAUGGCAGUACUGGAAGCCCGAGGUGUUUGGAGACAUCUUCGUUCGCCGAGUCUUCAAGCCGCUGCCGCCCAAAGAAGAGGCUUUGUCCCUAUUCAAGGACUUCUUUGAGAACUUCAACUGCAUGUUCCCAUUGUUCCAUGAACCUACUUUUAUGCAUCUCGUCGAGAAACAAUAUUCCAAAGACCCCUAUGAGGGAAGUGGGUGGUGGGCGAGCAUCAACGUCGCACUCGCAAUUGCCUACCGCAUCAGGGUCAUGAGUAACGUUGUUCCACAAGAAGACGACCAGAAGGCGUGGCUGUAUCUGAAAAAUGCGAUGGGAGUCAUCACUGAACUGACCAUGCGAAAUACCGACCUUCUCAGUGUCCAGGCUCUUCUGGGGAUGGCUCUAUUCUUGCAAGGCACACCAAACCCCCAGCCAUCGUUCUUUCUGAUCGCGGCUGCCAUCAGAUGCUCACAUACGAUAGGACUUCACAAGCGAGGUUCAGCAUUCAACCUCAAUCCUAUCGAAGUGGAGCAACGCAAACGCGUCUUCUGGAUUGGGUACCUGCUCGACAAAGACGCCUGCCUGCGGGCUGGGAGACCACCGGCGCAGGACGACGAUGACAUGAAUGUCGAGCUGCCCUCCGAAGACCCUCCUGAUAACAUUGGAAACGUCCCUUUGGCGGACGGUAAGAGCAAGAUUAACCUCUUCCGCCUGAUGUGUGAAUUUGCCAUCAUAUCAAGCAAGGUGUAUCGUCAACUCUACUCUGUCAGAGCCUCGAAGCAGAGCGAUGGCGAGCUUCUGAACACCAUCGGCGAGCUCGACAAAGAACUGGAAGCUUGGAAGGACAGCAUUCCUCUGGACUUCCGACCAGAACACGAAAUCAAGACGUCUCACACCCCGCUCAUUUUGCAUAUUGUUGUCCUCCAUUUCUCAUACUACAACUGUCUGACAACAAUUCACCGGAUGUCAGUUCACCAUGGCUAUUGGACCAGCCGACUGUCGGAAUAUGCCAUCCAAGGACUCAACGCUAGGCCCCUCAAUCCAAGGGUUUUUUCCUCUGCGGCACUCUGCGUUUCAGCUGCACGGGCCUCGAUCCACCUCAUCAAAUACAUCCCGCAGGGAGAUUUCGCUUGCGUCUGGCUAAUCCUAUACUUCCCAGUCUCGGCACUUGUCACCCUGUUUGCAAAUAUCCUGCAGAACCCCCAAGACACCCGCGCAAGAGCCGACAUUAAGCUGAUGGACCUCGUCGUCAAUUUCCUGUCGAAUGUUGCGCAUGACGAAGGUACCGGAUCGUUGAACCGCAUGCUCACUGUCUGUUCGGAAUUCGCCCGCAUUGCUAGAGUGGUGAUUGAAAAGGCCGAGAAGGAAGGCUCAAAACGGAAACGCAGGCUUGUCCCCGAGGAAGUCAUGCGUGUCAAUCAAUCAGCCAUGGCGCAAGCACAGUCGCAGAUCAAUGGGCGCAAUGCUGGGUCUCGAAGAUCAAGCGGCGCCGGAGCCUCACCACGUACCGCUUCAGGCAACGUACCGUCGACUUCCACUACUGCCGUACCUGUGACGCCCGUUGCUGGUAAUGCUACAGGCAACAACCUGAAUCCUAACAACCAGUUCUUCAACAUGCCGGCGUUUGACAACGAUUAUGCCGACAUGAUCUCAGCGCCGGGCCUCAGCCCAGACCUCGGAAGUCAGCAAAUGCCCAGCUCGACGAUGUCGCCUCUGAACGUUGGUUCUUUCCAACAACCUUUUGUCCCUCAGGAUUUGUGGCAGAUGCCUAUGACUUUCGAGUGGGAUUGGGCAGAGACAUUUGGGCAGCCUACUUAUAACGACUUUAUCUUGAGUGACAAUAUGAAUGAUGGGAUGAUGCCUCGACAAUGA